AUGGCAGAGACUUCUGUCGACGAGCUCCGCCAGCAGGUGGACCUCAUUUUCCGCCACCUCUUUCCCAAUGGCCCUCCUCCGACAGUCCAACCAACAGGCCCACCUAAUGGAACUGCCAAUACACCUCUUAAUGAAGAAACCGCAGUAUCCACCAUCACUGGUGCGGUAUCCCCCGACCAAGGAACCUCAGACGGCUGGGGUGAACACCGCCCCAUGCCUGGACACCUGCCCCCAGCGGUUCACGCUGCUCCGAACAUUGGUACGCCUGCCAACCCUCCCCUCCCAGACUACUGUAGCCGCGAGUCGUAUCAGCAGCGUCUCACGCUGGUCGAGAACUGUGCGCGAGAACCCAACCCCGCCGACAGGCACAUGGGCAGGCUCCAGUGGUACCUCGAGGGGACUUCAGCUGCUCUCAGUCUGCAUCACCGCUCAAUGUUCAAGUUCCUCCGACGUGAAUUUCGUCAACUUCGCCCUCGUCUUGACGCCCUCCACCCAUUGGCGUACAGCAAUUUCAAGGUUAUUCUGGAGACCGAUUUGGAAGACAACGCGGACAUCCGCGCGCGCAUGGCACGUAUCAUCACACGCAUCGAGCGUCGCGAGCACCUCGGUCUCAUGCCGGGUGUAGCCUACCAGAUUGCCAAGGACCUGUUUGUGCAAGCCGUUUCGCACUUGAGGAAGACGGCAUACUUCACAAUGGAGGCAUCCGAGUGGCUGGCGGUGGCUCGAUCGAUGCAGCAUUCACCAUUGUAG